UCUCUCAAAAUGACGGUGCGGGCGCUGCUGCUCCUCUCGCUCAUCCAGGGUUCUAGCCAAAAAAGUGAUGACGACUAUGAAGAUUACCCAACCAACAAAACCUGGGUUUUGUCUUCCAAAGUCCAUGAGAGUGAUGUGACACUCAUUUUAAAUGGCCUGCUGGAGGGAUAUGACAACAAGCUGAGGCCAGAUAUAGGAGUGCAACCAACUGUUAUUCGCACUGAUAUGUAUGUCAAUAGCAUUGGCCCAGUGAAUGCUAUCAAUAUGGAAUAUACCAUAGACAUUUUUUUUGCCCAAACCUGGUAUGACAGGCGAUUAAGAUUCAACAGCACUAUAAAGGUCCUGAGGUUGAACAGCAAUAUGGUUGGGAAGAUCUGGAUACCUGAUACAUUUUUCCGAAAUUCCAAAAAAGCUGAUGCUCACUGGAUAACAACACCCAAUCGGAUGCUAAGGAUCUGGAACGAUGGCAGAGUGCUAUAUACAUUAAGAUUGACAAUAGAUGCUGAAUGUCAGCUUCAGCUACACAAUUUCCCCAUGGAUGAACAUUCUUGUCCACUGGAAUUUUCAAGCUAUGGCUAUCCAAAGGAAGAAAUUGUUUACCAAUGGAAGCGCAGUUCUGUAGAAGUGGGAGACACAAGAUCCUGGAGAUUGUAUCAGUUUUCAUUUGUGGGGCUCAGAAAUGCAACUAAUGUGGUGGGAACGACUUCAGGAGAUUACGUGGUCAUGGCAGUCUACUUCCAGCUGAGCAGAAGGAUGGGCUACUUCACUAUACAGACUUAUAUCCCCUGCACACUCAUUGUAGUGCUGUCCUGGGUCUCAUUCUGGAUCAAUAAGGAUGCUGUUCCAGCUAGGACAUCUUUGGGUAUUACAACUGUCUUGACAAUGACCACUCUCAGUACGAUCGCUCGCAAGUCUCUUCCCAAGGUGUCUUAUGUGACUGCAAUGGAUCUCUUUGUCUCUGUUUGCUUCAUUUUUGUUUUUUCGGCCCUGGUGGAGUAUGGGACUCUUCAUUACUUUGUCAGUAACAGAAAGCCAAGCAAGGAUAAAGACAAAAAGAAGAAAAAUCCUCUUCUUCGGAUGUUUUCAUUCAAGGCGCCUACAAUUGAUAUCCGCCCAAGGUCUGCUACUAUUCAAAUGAACAAUGCCACACACCUCCAAGAAAGGGAUGAAGAAUAUGGAUAUGAAUGUCUUGAUGGCAAGGACUGCGCAAGUUUUUUCUGUUGCUUCGAGGAUUGCCGAACAGGAGCAUGGCGGCAUGGAAGAAUACAUAUCCGUGUUGCCAAAAUGGACUCAUAUGCUCGCAUAUUCUUUCCGACUGCCUUUUGUUUGUUUAAUUUGGUCUACUGGGUAUCAUAUCUUUACCUUUAAGCAAGCAGACAGGAAACAGGUGAUAUUGGCCUUAUUUUUUUGGAAUUUAUUAGAAAGAUGGUUUCCUGUAUAUGUCUGCUUAAACUCCAUGAUCUAGUGACUGGAGUGCCCAUGAGGGAACUCCAACACGCACAUGGAGUUCCUGAAAGCAAGAGCCCUCCCGUUUUAUUCAGUGUUAGGGAAUGCUCUGCAUAGGUGUCUUUAUGCACACAGAACAUUCCUUCAGAUGUGCGGGGAGUGGGUCAACCCUUGCUCCCCUAGGCUUCCCUGAACAUCAGAGCUUCAUGGAAUUUUGGUCUUUACAAACACCACAACAGUACGACUUCUUUAGUGCCAUAACACAGUAAAUAUCAACCAUCAUAUCAUUUGUACAAGACCACUGUAAAAUUAUUGUGAUUUGAAUGUUAUCAUUCUAUAUUUAAAGAAGAGGAAAGAAAUUCAGUAUCAUGUAGAAAAUUACUAAUGACAAGGAGAGGACCCACAAACUAUCCUUAAGGUUUGGGUAUUAUCUUUACAACUGUGAAUGAUGGCUGCUCAAAUACUACAUAGUUGGUUAGUAUUAAUAAAUAUGUGAUAUCUUUGUCCUCUAUGGACUUUUCUUUUUGGAAGAGUCAUUCUCCCUUAAGAGCAAUGUAGCUAGCCCAG